GCGGGUGGCUCCUACUACAUGAUCUCGCGCUCUCUGGGGCCCGAGUUCGGAGGGGCCGUGGGGCUGUGCUUCUACCUGGGCACCACCUUCGCGGGAGCCAUGUACAUCCUGGGCACCAUCGAGAUCCUUCUGGCCUAUAUCUUCCCCGCCAUGGCCAUUUUCGAGGGAGAGGAUGCCAGCGAGGAGGCCGCGGCCAUGCUCAACAACAUGCGUGUCUACGGCACCUGCGUGCUCACCUGCAUGGCCACGGUGGUGUUCGUCGGGGUCAAGUACGUCAACAAGUUUGCCUUGGUUUUCCUGGGCUGCGUCAUCCUCUCCAUCCUGGCCAUCUACGCUGGGGUCAUCAAGUCUGCCAUCGACCCCCCCAGCUUCCCGAUCUGUUUGCUGGGUAACAGGACGCUGUCGCGCCACGGCUUCGACAUCUGUGCCAAGCUGGUGCUGGAAGGGAACGAGACAGUGGGCUCCAAGCUGUGGGAGCUGUUCUGCACCUCCAAAUUCCUCAACGCCACCUGUGACGAGUACUUCCUGAGGAACAACGUGACCGAGAUCCAGGGCAUCCCGGGCGCUGCCAGUGCGCUCAUCAAAGAGAAUCUCUGGAGCACGUACCUGCCCAAGGGGGUGAUUGUGGAGAAGCAGGGGGUGCCCUCGGUGGCCCUCGUGGACCCCGUUAUCGACCUGGACCAGCCCUACGUCUUCAGCGACAUGACCUCAUACUUCACCCUGCUGGUGGGCAUCUACUUCCCGUCCGUCACAGGUAUAAUGGCCGGCUCCAACCGAUCAGGAGACCUGCGCGAUGCUCAGAAAUCCAUCCCCACAGGGACCAUCCUGGCCAUCGCCACAACGUCUGCUGUCUAUAUCAGCUCCGUGAUUCUCUUCGGCGCCUGUAUCGAGGGGGUCGUCCUCCGUGACAAGUUUGGCGAGGCUGUCAAUGGGAACCUGGUGGUUGGCACCCUCGCCUGGCCGUCUCCAUGGGUGAUUGUCAUUGGAUCCUUCUUCUCCACGUGUGGGGCAGGUCUGCAGAGCCUCACAGGAGCCCCCCGCCUCCUCCAGGCCAUCUCCCGGGACGGGAUCGUCCCCUUCCUGAGGGUCUUCGGCCACGGCAAAGCCAACGGGGAGCCCACCUGGGCGCUGCUCCUCACUGCCUGCAUCUGCGAGAUCGGGAUCCUCAUCGCCUCCCUGGACGAGGUCGCCCCCAUCCUCUCCAUGUUUUUCCUGAUGUGCUACAUGUUUGUCAACUUGGCGUGCGCGGUGCAGACGCUGCUGAGGACACCCAACUGGCGGCCCCGGUUCCGAUAUUACCACUGGACACUCUCCUUCUUGGGCAUGAGCCUCUGCCUGGCCCUGAUGUUCAUCUGCUCCUGGUACUACGCUCUCGUGGCCAUGCUAAUCGCCGGCCUCAUCUACAAGUACAUCGAAUACAGGGGAGCGGAGAAGGAGUGGGGCGAUGGCAUCCGAGGGCUGUCGCUCAGCGCGGCACGCUACGCUUUGCUUCGGCUGGAGGAGGGACCCCCGCACACCAAGAACUGGAGGCCUCAGCUGCUGGUUCUGGUCCGAGUGGAUCAGGAGCAGAACGUGGUGCACCCGCAGCUCCUGUCUCUCACCUCACAGCUCAAGGCCGGCAAGGGGCUGACGAUCGUGGGCUCUGUGCUGGAAGGGACCUUCCUGGAUAAUCACCUGCAGGCCCAGCGGGCGGAGGAGUCCCUGCGCCGCCUGAUGGAAGCGGAGAAGGUGAAAGGCUUUUGCCAGGUCGUGAUCUCGUCCAACCUGCGGGAUGGCGUGUCCCACCUCAUCCAGUCCAGUGGGCUCGGUGGCCUGCAACACAACACGGUGCUGGUGGGGUGGCCACGCAACUGGCGGCAGAAGGAAGAUCACCAGACCUGGAGGAACUUCAUUGAGCUGGUGCGGGAGACCACAGCCGGCCACCUGGCCCUGCUGGUCACCAAGAAUGUCGCCAUGUUCCCGGGCAACCAAGAGCGGUUCUCCGAGGGCCACAUUGACGUCUGGUGGAUCGUCCACGACGGGGGCAUGCUGAUGCUGCUGCCCUUCCUGCUGCGGCACCAUAAGGUUUGGCGUAAAUGUAAGAUGCGCAUCUUCACGGUGGCGCAGAUGGACGAUAACAGCAUCCAGAUGAAGAAGGACCUGACGACAUUCCUGUACCACCUGCGCAUCACGGCCGAGGUGGAGGUGGUGGAGAUGCAUGAGAGCGACAUCUCGGCCUACACCUACGAGAAGACCCUGGUGAUGGAGCAGCGCUCGGAGAUCCUCAAGCAGAUGCACCUCACCAAGACCGAGCGGGAGCGAGAGAUCCAGAGCAUCACGGAUGAGUCCCGCGGCUCCAUCCGCCGCAAGAACCCUGCCAACCCCCGGCUGCGGCUGAGCGUCCCGGAGGAGCAGGUGGGCGACAGCGAGGAGAAGCCGGAGGAGGAGGUGCAGCUCAUCCACGAUAAGAAUGCCACGGCCUUCGCCAGCAGCCCCCAGUCACCCGGUGACGAGGUGGAGACGGCCCCUGAGAAGGUGCAUCUCACCUGGACCAAGGAAAAGUCUGUUGCGGAGAAGAACAAGAGCAAGAGCCCCAUCAGCCCCGAAAGCAUCAAGGACUUCUUCAACAUGAAGCCGGAGUGGGAGAACCUGAACCAGUCCAACGUGCGGCGGAUGCACACAGCUGUCAAGCUUAACGAGGUCAUCGUCAAGAAGUCACAGAACGCAAAGCUGGUCUUACUGAACAUGCCAGGUCCACCCCGCAACCGGAAGGGGGAUGAGAACUACAUGGAGUUCCUGGAGGUGCUGACGGAGCACCUGGACCGGGUCAUGCUGGUGCGCGGCGGGGGCCGGGAAGUCAUCACCAUCUACUCCUGA